CCUCCUUGCUAUUUGAGGAAACUAGGAGGUGACUUUAAUGGACGGUGGAUGACAUAAAAACAACAACGACAUAAUCUUAAAGGCAUCUUUGUGAGGCACAGCCUGUCAAAUCUGUCAGCAUGUUCCUCAGAAUACAGCUGGGCUUCCUGUAUGCUGUUUGUGGUUUGUUGACACAAAGCGCCGCGUCGCCACAGCGCCGUCCCCCGCUGCUGCUGGUGUCGUUCGAUGGCUUCCGGGCAGACUACCUGCAGAGGUUCCCUAUGCCCAACCUGACGCUCUUGUACAGCCAAGGGGUCCUGGUGGAGCACCUCACCAACGUCUUCAUCACGAAGACCUUCCCCAAUCACUACAGCCUGAUGACGGGACUUUACGCAGAGUCUCACGGCAUCCUGGCCAGUGCCAUGUACGACCCCGUCAGCCACAAGCACUACAGCGCCGGCAACAACAGCGACCCCAUGUGGUGGAAUGCGGCGACGCCUUUCUGGAUCUCCGUCAACCAAGCCGGCUACACGUCCGCGGUCGCCAUGUGGCCGGGCUCCGAGGUGGCCAUCCGCAACCAAACGCCCUCACACUUCUUACCCUACAGCACUGACGUGACCUUCCAGGAACGCCUGUCCAACGUGACCAACUGGAUCCUGGGAAGCGAGAAGGACGAAGGGGCGCUAUUUGGAGCCAUCUACUGGGAGGAGCCUGACCACUCAGGCCACAUGUUUGGACCUGAUGAUACUGAGGCCAUGGGCAGAGCACUGAAGGAUGUUGACGACAACGUUGGCUUGAUGAUAUCGGAACUGAAAAAGAGCGGCCUGUGGGGGCGCAUCGACGUCAUGGUGACCAGCGACCACGGCAUGGCUCAGUGCUCGGUCGAUCGCCUCAUACGCCUGGACGACUGCUUACACGCUGACAACUACACCAUAGUGGACCUCACCCCUGUCGCUGCCCUCAUCCCAAACCGCAGGCCCGAGGCGGUCUUUGCCCUGCUGGAUAAGUGCCACCCAAACAUGACAGCCUAUUUGAAGGAGGCCAUUCCUGACAGGCUGCACUACCGCAACAACGAGCGCAUCCAGCCCAUCCUACUGAUCGCUGACGAGGGAUGGACGAUAGUGCGGCAUGGGAACAAGCUGCCCAGACUGGGCGAUCACGGCUACGACAACUCCUUACCCAGCAUGCAUCCCUUCCUGGCGGCGGCAGGACCCAGCUUCAAAAAGGGCCUCCGACUGACAAGUAUGCAGAGCGUGGACAUUUACCCGCUCAUGUGCCACCUGCUCGGCGUGCCCCCGCAGCCCAACAACGGCACCCUGGGCAACGUCCUGGGAAUGCUGGUGUCUGCGGACUACUGGAGUGUGCCCGUGGUUGUGGGCCUGGUGCUGGGUGUCCUUAUCACGCUCGCCACCAUACCUGUUCUGUUCAAGCUGAUUGGACGCUUGGGCCGGCCGCCAUCCCUCCAACCGUUCCAGAGACUUGAAAUUGAACACAGCGACGACGACGAAGCUUUGCUGGAGUAAUACUAGCCCGGCUCACUCAGGUCUAUUGGUGCCUGCUCGUGCACUUUACCCACGCGGAACACUUUUAGGUCACGCUGUUCUUCUGAAAACACCUCCAGGCUUAUCUGGAAGACAAAAAAAAAUGCCGUUUGAUGAGGUCGUAGGUGAAAAUAAUCGUUCAGCCUUUUUCUAUACCUACCAAGCUGGAGCAAAACUAUCCAAACCGGUUCCCAUGUUGCAUAAGCUGCGUUAGUCAGGGAUUUCUGGUGAACAGAAUGAUGUGAAAAUUCCAAAGCAAAUAUUUUUGUGAAGAUUUGUCCGAUUUACUUUAUAUGGUUUUGUUUUGUAGUGCCAACGUCAGCAGAAAACGUCCAUAUAUAGUGCAACUAAAAAAGUAUUCACACCUUUAAUGUUACAGCCUUAUUCCCAAGUGAAAUAAAUAUUUUUUUCCCCCUCAAAAUUCUACACACAAUACCCCACAAUGACAAUGUAAAAUGUUUUUUUUUUUUUUUUGCAAAUGUAUUUAAAAUAAAUAACAGAAAAAUCACAUGUACAUAAGUAUUCACAGCCUUUGCUCAAUACUUUGUUGAUGCAUCUUUCGCAGCAAUUACAGCCUCAAGUCGUUUUGAAUACGAUGCCUCAAGUUUGGCACACCUAUUUCUUUUUGCAGCACCUCCCAAGCUCCAUCAGGUUGGAUGGAAAGUGUUGGUUUUCAGCCAGAAUGCAUCGCUGCAUUCACCUUUCCCUUUAUCCUGACUAGUCUCCCAGCUCCUCCCGCUGAAAGACAUCCACACAGCAUGAUGCUUCACUGUAGGAAUGGUGUUGCCUGGUCUCCUCCGAACAUGACGCCUGAGUUCGAUCUUUGUCUCAUCAGAACAGAGAAUUUUAUUUCUCAAGGUCUGAAAGUCUUGAUGCUGUAAUUGCUGCCAAGGUGUGUCAACAAAGUAUUAAGCAAAUGAUGUAAUUACUUUUGUACAUGUUUUUUUUUUUUAAUACAUUUGCAAAAAUAAUUUAAAAAAAUGUUGAUGCUGUAAUUGCUACCAAGGUGUGUCAACAAAGUAUUGAGCAAAUAAUGUAAUUACUUUUGCACAUGUUUUUUAAAUUUUUUUUAAUACAUUUGCAAAAAUAAUAAAAAAAAAUGUUUCACACUGUCAUUAUGAGGUAUUGUGUGUAGAUUUCUGAAGGCAAAAAUUAAUUUAUUCCAUUUUGGAAUAAGGCUGCAACAUAACAAAAUGUGGAAAAAGUGAAGUGCUUUGAAUACUUUCCGAAUGCACUGUGUAUACAGUAUAUACCGAUGUAUAUAUACGGGUGUGUAUAUAUACCGGUGUGUGUAUAUAUAACAGUGUAUAUGUACCAGUGUAUACAUACCAGUGUAUAUAUUAUAUCUAUGCAGUGCUUCAACCAGGGGUGUCCAAACUUUUUCCACUAAAAAAAUCAAAGCAUGCGGCCUAUUUUGAAAAAACUACAAUAUAAGAAUAUAAAACAUGUUUUCAGUUAUUUCACCUUUUUUUGUUAAGUACAUAACUCCGCAUGUGUUCAUUCAUAGUUUUAAUGCCUUCAGUGACAAUCUACAAUGUAAAUAGUCAUGAAAAUAAAGAACACACAUUGAAUUAUAAGGUGUGUCCAAACUUUUGGCCUGUACUGUACGUCAGCAGCCAAAUUAGGAGCCUCUGUAACCCGUUUGAAAUCAUUCAAUUCUAAUUUACAUGCCAAAUAACGAACGGUGAUAUAUAUCGUUAUUGCAUGAGGGUGCAAUACAGAUCGCAAUGUAGAUUUUAGGCCUAAUUGCCCAUCUUUAACUCAAGUAAAUAAUGGGACUACUUUUGACUCCUCUUACUUGAGUACAGUUUUACAGCUACUCUAUCCACUUGUGAGUUUGUCAAAUAUAAACGUUAUCUGGAGCAGAGAAUACAAUUUACACACAUAUAUAUAUAUAUGUAUGUAUGUAUGUAUGUAUGUAUGUAUGUAUAUAAAAAUAAUAAUAUUUUUUCUAUGUUUUUGUUUUAUACCCUUUUUUCAAACAAAACUAAUUGUAAUGCUAAUUUUGUCAUUUUUGUAUGUCAAACACACAAAAUAAGCAACAUUUUCCCCAAAAAACAUUUCAAAGUGAAAUAUUUGAUGUGAAGUACAUGAAACUUUGAACAGGUCAAUAAUUCAUAGCUUUGAUUAUAUUAUUUCUUGAGCGAUGACAGCUUUAAAGCAAAAAAAGAGUGUUAUCAAAUUCAACAUCACAACUUUUUCUCGUUACAUUUCACCUGCAUGCUCUUUAAUUCCACUUUUUAACGUCUCUUUUUGUAGUAGUAUUUUUGGAAUGUGCCCCGGGCCAUUAAUAAAUUAGCUGCGGGCCGCAAGGCCACACUUUGGACACCCCUGACUUGGACCUAUUUAGAAAGUUUAUUAUUUUUCUGGCAUACUGCAAUGAAAGUACAUAAAUACAUCAUAUCUUACACAACGGAAUGCGACAGUAUGCAUUCAUAUUUGGAGGAGGAUAAAAUAGGGGAUUUUAGGGCGCUAACUGUAAUGAUCAGAGAUCCAUUCUAAACUUAUGCUGGUGGGGAACGCUUAUAAAGAUGUUAUAAAUCUUACGUUACUUUUGAUGUUACAGACCCCACGCAAAAAGAUACAAAUAUCAGGCAUUUCGCUGGAUCGAUCGUUAUGUGUGGAAGUGCUAGUAUAUCAUCAACAGCGCACAUGUAACAAUUAUUAGGGGUGUGGGAAAAAAUCGAUUCGAAUUCAAAUCGGGAUUCUCAUGUUGUGCGAUUCAGAAUCGAUUCUCUUUUUUUUUUAAAUAGAUUUUUAUUUAUAAUUUUUUUUUUUUUUUAAAUGUUUUUUUAUUUUUCAUUAAUCAAUCCAACAAAACAAUACACAGCAAUACCAUAACAAUGCAAUCCAAUUCCAAAACCAAAUCCGACCCAGCAACACUCAGAACUGCAAUAAACAGAGCAAUUGAGAGGAGACACAAACACGACACAGAACAAACCAAAAGUAGUGAAAUAAAAAUGAAUAUUAUCAACAACAGUAUCAAUAUUAGUUACAAUUUCAACAUAGCGGUGAUUAAAAAUCCCUCAUUGACAUUAUCAUUAGACAUUUAUAAAAAAAAGAACAAUAGUGUCACAGUGGCUUACACUUGCAUCGCAUCUCAUAAGCUUGACAACACACUGUGUCCAAUAUUUUCACAAAGAUAAAAUAAGUCAUAUUUUUGGUUCAUUUAAUAGUUAAAACAAAUUUACAUUAUUGCAAUCAGUUGAUAAAACAUUGUCCUUUACAAUUAUAAAAGCUUUAUACAAAAAUCUACUACUCUGCUUGCAUGUCAGCAGACUGGGGUAGAUCCUGCUGAAAUCCUAUGUAUUGAAUGAAUAGAGAAUCCUUUUGAAUCGGGAAAAAAAUCGUUUUUGAAUCGAGAAUCGUGUUGAAUUGAAGAAAAAAAAAAUCGAUUUUGAAUCGAAUCGUGACCCCAAGAAUCGAUAUUGAAUCGAAUCGUGGGACACCCAAAGAUUCACAGCCCUAACAAUUAUGUCCGACUGCCGAGACCAAAAUCUCGCGUGAACAAACGUGAUCUGACAAACUCCGAAGAAGAAACCGCAACAAGCGGGAAAAACGGCAACAGUGAGGCGACAUUCAAGAGGAGAGGAGGCAAUAACGGUGGUCUUGGGACUACUGUGGGCGCAACAAUGCCAAAGUAAACACAUGGAACACGGACGUUAUAUUCUACUGUGCGAGCGAGAGGUGAGUACGUUCUCGCUCUCAAAGUAGCCUGAAUGCUUCGUUAGCUUGUUGAUUGGCUACUUUCCGUGCUACGUCACAAUUCACGGCGCAAUGACUCGGGAGGCGUCGGCUUUGUCGUUAGUUGUGGAGCAGAAGUCACUCCAAACACACGUCAAACCACAAAAUAAUUUGAUCAUGCAUUAAAUAAUCGGGCGUUCUCCGUGUUUGGUCGGAAGGGAGAAGAUCAGGACAAAAACAGGCCGAUAUCUCAAUGUGCGUACCCCGUUUUUAUGAAACCAAAGACGAACACGGUUCUGCCACACUGGAUUUAUUUGUAACACAUCUUAUUUAUUCGAAGGUACAUUUAAAUAAUAUUUUCUAACGUGUUUAAAGGGCUGUGUUGGCAACGUGCUCAAAGUUACAUUUUAUUAAACGGAACUGCACUUUUUAAAUAAAAUUGUUAAUCAGUCACAAUCUAUAGGGAAGUGAAGAACGCAUGUUUUUCCCUUUAUUUUAUGCAUAUUAACUCGUAAAAAAAACAAUAGCAAAAGUCAGCUAACAUUGGAGCUAAUGGUAUUUACUCUAUUACGCAUAUAAAGCUCUCAAAAAAACAUCCAAAAGCCUUCAUCAUUUUUUUAUAUACACACUAAGUCAGUGGUGGGCCGUGCGCUUCCCACCUAGGCCUUCAGUGAUGUCCGACUUCAAUAAUUACCUCGCAAAAUACCAUUACUUAUGUCACUACAUGGCCAUUGCUGGAGAAAUACACAUGUACGCACUACUGCGAAUUGAAACACAUCAACAGUGUACAAAACAGGUUAUUUUCUGGCGCAUUUAAAAAUCAAUAUACCUGCAUCAACAAUUAAAAUAUAUCUUAAGUGGUACUGUCAAAAUUAAAACUGCAAAAAACAUAUUAAACGUGGAAAAAAAUAAAAUAUCUGAACUCACAAUUUGAAGAACCCAUUCGAGCCUCCGGGGUUGGCCCGUCUCACAAGAUGUAGUUUCUCUUUAAAUAUCAUUCUUAAAAAUGGCCUCGCAAAUAUAUGUGUUGUCUUGUCGAAUCAUAAAAGAUGCAGACGAGGCGUGUUGGCUGACUUCUUAAAGUUUACUCCACUGGGUGCUCGUCAAAAACACCGACAUGUCUACAUUAAACCUAAACGGGGCUACUGCGCAUGCUCUUCACUACUGUGGCAUGCUGGGUAAUAGAGUUCCUAUGUUAUCUAGCUCAUAACAUCACUAUAUAUCUGCCUUAGGCCAUCUAGAAGGCCUUACUGACAACAACUUGUGAUCUGAUCUGAGUGCUAAACAAGAAAUACAAACUACGAACAUAAUAAAACGUUAGCUUACUGUACAAAGUCUGCUCUCAGUGGGACGCCGACUGAUGGGAUGUUCAUAUCGUCCCGUUUAGAUGGAGAAUUAAUUAUAAUCAUCACAAAGGUUAAACAAAGUGCCAAAUAUAAGUCAGAAUGUCUUGAUUUAUGUCCACAACCUUGUAAUAUACAAGUGAGAGGCAUGAUUUAGACUUAGACUUAGACAAACUUUAUUGAUCCACAAGGGAAAUUGGGUAAAACUUUAGUAUGGGGAACACAUAUUCACCAUUAAUUAGUCGCUUAUUAACAUGCAAAUUAGUAACAUAUUGGCGCUUAAUUAGUCAUUAUUAAGUACUUAUUAAUGCCUUAUUCUGCAUGGCCUUAUUAUACAACCAGUAAGCCAUUAACUAAGAGUCUUCCCUCAACAACCUCAGAAUUAUUGCUUAUUGGUAACCCUAACCCUAACCCUUAUAUGUUCCCCUAGUGUCCAAAUAACUCUAAAUUAAGUCUUUGUUACUGUAAUAAGCAACUAAUUAAUGGGGAAUAUGUUCCCCAUACUAAAGUGUUACCGGAAAUUGUUCCACACAGUAGCUCAGUUACAAAGGAUGGAACGGGUAAGGAUGGAAAGGAUAAUGCUGGUAUUAAGUAGACUAAAAAUGUACCAUAGUAGCAAUAUAAAAUAUACUAUAUAUGUAAUAUUUACAUAUUAUAUAUACAGUAUACAAUAUAUACUGUUAUAUUCUAUUAAUAUAUACUAUUAUAUUUGUAUAUAAUAUACAUAAUAUAUAACAAAUCCAAAUUACCAUGUACAAUAUUACAGUAUAUGUAACAGCUGCAGCAAAAAUAAAAAUACAUUUAUUAAAAAAGUAUAAUCUAGAACGAAAUUUCACCAACUCAGAGGCGAUGCAGUUGCUUAUUAUGUCAAUAGCAGCAUAAGCUAGUGACCUCACAGUGCCGGUAAAAAUAGUUUGUCUGUGUUAGCGCUUAUAAUAACAAUAUCACUAACACUUGGUUAAUAUUCAGGUCAUGAAAUGUCAACGGAGUAUUUUUGGCGUUUUUUAGAUAUUAACUGCAUUGUUUGCCACCUCUUACUUGGCCGUAUUUUACGACAUACAAUGCAAAAAAAGAAAAACACAUGUUCUUGUCUUACAUAGAGAUUGUGAAUGAUAGGCAUAAUUCUCACAAAAAAAAUGCAGUUCCCUUUUAAGACCGAGCAACACAUCAUGCCUACAUAACAGAAUUAAUUCUGCCACACUGGAUUUAUUUAUAACAUUUCCCAUUUAAUCAAAGGUACAUUUACUUAAUAUUAUCCAACAUGUUAAAAGGGCUGUUUGCAACUUGUUUAAAGUUACAUUUCUUUUUUUUUUAAAUGGCAAAAUAUAUAUAACAAGAACACCACUGUCUAGUCAUUUGUUGUUUAGCAGAACAUAUUUUUUUCGAGUGUCUAUAUUUUCCUCACAAAACUAAUUAUAUUAGAUAGAAAUUUCUCCUCAGUCCGAGGAAUUUGUCAGACAUUCAGGCUGUCAAUCACCGCUGUCUCGUCCACACGUCCACAAAAGCAGUCAACGAGAAGCUUACAUACGAGUCAUGUUGUUAUGACGAUACAUUCAGUGAUGGCUAACGUCUGUAGCCAAAUCGCCAUCUUUAGCUGACCACGCACAAAACUUAAACUGUAUUCUUACUUUAUUAUAAUAAUAAUAAUACCUGGGAUUUAUAUAGCGCUUUUCUAAGUACCCAAAGGCGCUUUACAUGUUAAAAACCCAUCAUUCAUUCACACCUGGUGGUGGUAAACUACUUUCUUAGCCACAGCUGCCCUGGGGUAGACUGACGGAUUAUCAUUAAAGUACUUGACAAAAGCCAAAAGGGGGCGGGGUAUAAUGCUAACCACGCUUUUGAAAGUUGCGCCCGCUAGGCUUCUGUUUAAAGGUUGCAAACAGCCCUUUUUUAAGGUUGAAAAAUGUCCCAGUGCUGUCAGUUCUAAUACAUUUGUUGUCAAAUACAACAUGUUUGUAUGAUUUUUUUUCAACAUGGUCCUAGUUAUGUUGUUAUGAAAUGGAGCUGUCGAUAAAAUAUGCCAUUUUUUGCUCUUUCAUGCUGCUCUUGUGAAGUGUGUUCUGUUGUCUUUCUUUUACUUACUGUAAAUUCCGGACUAGAAGCCGCUACUUUUUUCCUACGCUUUGAACCUCGCGGCUUAUAAAACGGUGCGGCUAGUUUUUUUGUUUUUUUUGCUGAAGGCCAUAAUUCAAAUAGUUUGCAUAAAAGACAUGCAAAGACACUGAAAUGGUGUAUUCCUGUUUUUGCUACAGUGCAAUUUUUAGGAUUAGUUCGCUCCCUGCAAGUGCUGCUGGGUGAAUGUCCACAGUGUUUCCUGCUGUUAAAAGCUUUCAACCGGAAGUACAAGUGCCGUUCCGCCUUCUAAUCGUCUACAGCGUUUCUACUCGUAUUGAUUCUCUGUUCACCACUCCAAGCAACGUUUGUAAGUUUUAUAAUAUACCUAAAACAAUUCUUACUUACUAAACCGUCCCAUGUGUGAUGUCUGUAGGAGUGUUUUCAUGCAUAUUUACAUGUGCUAUCAUAAUGUAAUGAAGCUAGCAUCUUUAGCAUUAGCUAAUAUGCUAACACGUUUACGAGUGUCUGUGUUAGUAUUAUUAACUUACAAUGGCAUUCUGUUUGUAUUGUUUCAGUUGAACAAAUUCCUCAGUAAAUUCACCAAAACCUCACCGUGGAGUUGUUGAGUCUGUUUAGCUGAUUGGAGAGCUAGCUUCCGCAGCUAGUUUAGUUUAGUUUAAUAAGGAUCCCCAUUAGUCUACACCGCAGUGGAGACUAUUCUUCCUGGGGUCCAGGCAAAAAACAUCACACAAUCACAAAACAAAAGAUUACAAUGCAGUACAACAUGAUCAAUAACAACAUUUUGUAAUAUAAAAAUAACAACGACAAAAAAACAAACAAACAAUAACUUGGGGUUUACAUAAUAAUUUUCAUACCAAAGAUAAAAAAAAAGAGCAAUAUAAAAAUAGAUAUAUAUUUUUUGCAAAAAUAAAACAAAGAACCAAUGGCCUACAAUAUACACAUUAGUGUACCAAGGACAAACUAUAUUUUAAGUGACGAAAAAGUACCAUAAUUAAUAAAAUAUGACAAAGUACAUACAAAAUCAAGAUAAUAUCAAUAUAAAAACGAUAACCAGAAACAAUAAUUAAUUUAAGCAAAAAAUAAGUCAAAAAGAUAAAUGAACUAUAGUCAUGACUAGGGUUGGGUAUCGUUUGAAUUCGAACGAUUCCGAUUCCGAUUCCUGGCGAUUCUCGAUUCCGAUUCUUCUUGUACCAUGCCGGGAUCAAUGUGUUUGACAGGUAGUCCCUGGAAGGUGGUAUGUAUUUUGGGUUGAGAGUUUUCACCAUAUCCCUGCAAACAUAAACAAACAUGUAAUGUUGCUGUCACUGUUUAGCCCAGUAUCAAUUAGCUUAGCUCUAACGUUAUUGCUUAACUAACCUAAAUGUUGGAGAUUCCACCUCUGAAAAGGGAUGCAGUCUUUUGACUAUGUGUGCAGUGACCUUUCUGUGGCACUCUUCCGUCUGUGGUACCGACAUCUUCCCCAUUGCCGCUACGGUGAACGGAGUACGCUGAGCACAUCGCGGAGCCUGGCUAGCAGGUUGUAAAUUGUCUAUGAAAAAAUAUGCGGGCUAAUUUGUUAGCUGCCUCAACGUUGGCGCAAAAAACAUUAUUUAUUGCAUAUAUAUUGUUUUACUUACCGGAUUCGGACUGCAGUGCAGUCACCGAGGUGCCAGGCUGGGCGUCGGAGGAAGAGGUAGAGGAGGAUGGUCGGCGCAGCGCGUCGAAGAUGGGACAUGCAUUUAUUUGUACUCCAUGAACUCGGAGGUGCUUCAUCAUGUUCGACGUGCACCCUCCUAAACACGAAACAGUCCUGCCGCACGUGUUACAUUUCGCCGACAUUUUAUUUUUUUUAGUAAAAUAAAGCCACACUUUCGACCGCCGACGCCCGCUAUCCAUGCUUGACUGACUCGCUCGGCUACAUAGGCUCGGCUAUGCUAACACUUCCGGCGGUGGGCGCUUCUUUGUUGGUGUUCAGCGGCUUCUUCUUCCGGUCGGCGGACUUAUUCUUUUUUUCCGGUCGGCGGACUGGGUAUCGAAACUAGGAAUCGAAAUUUAAACUUUUGAACGAUUCCGGGAGAAUCGGGAAGUUAGUCCCGGUUCCAAUCGAUACUCGAUACUCGAUACCCAACCCUAGUCAUGACAUUAGGUACAAUCUAGAAUAAUCUCUUUCUGCAAUACUUCUCCUCUCAGUCUAUUCUUAAAACCCACUCUGCUGGUGAUUGAUACCAGAUGUUGUGGAAGUCGAUUCCAGUAAGUGAUUGCCCUAUACAUAACAGUUUUUUUCAAAACAUCAGUUUUGGGUUUAAGGUGGGCGAGAGCACCCCCUUAAGGGCUACCCUGGUACCAUAGUUGUGACUGUCACUAGCAAGCAACAGCUGAGAAUACAGAUAGGCAGGUUUAUGGUAUGUAUAGAUCAGUGGUUCUUAACCUUGUUUGAGAUACCGAACCCCACCAGUUUCAUAGCGCAUUGACUGAACCCUUCUUUAGUGAAAAAUAAAAUGUUGUUUUUUCUUCCAAAUUCAACACAAAGUUAUGUUUUUUUUACUGGUGCACAAAAUGAACCGUGCAUCAACAUCACCUUGUUCAAAGAACAAAACCAACACAGUGCAUGAACUCACAACAAAUUACACACCUGCAAAUCAGUCUGACUUCUGCUGUUGCCGCAUCCAUAAAGCCGAUAUAGAGAAGUUGUUAUUUACACGAUGAGUCGUGUGUGUCUUGACCUCCGCGGCGGAGGCUCCGUCGAACCCCUGAGGCUGACUCACCGAACCCCUAGGGUUCGAUCGAACCCAGGUUAAGUACCACUGGUAUAGAUGUUUAAAAAAAAAAAAAAAAUAGAUUCAAACUACAAGCUAGUCUUUCACCAACUCUCAUUCAUGACAAUUCAUUAUGCAUUAUCUCAAUGCCGGUUCUAAAUGAGCAAUGAGCUAGUGGGUCCGUGACGAUGACUUCUGUUUUGUUUGAUCAACCGUUUUACUGCUGUGUUACAGACACCGUUUGGAAACAACUAAGGUAUGUAAAAAAACAUUUACAAAAUCUGUCUUGUGUAAACAACUCAUUUCACAACAUAUAUAUCUGCGGUUUAUAGUCCCGUGCGACUAAUGUAUGAAAUAAAAUGUUUUUCUAAAAUUUAGUGGGUGCGGCUUGUAGUUCGGAAACUACGAUCGUUUUUUCUGGUAUUGACGAACAUUGUGCUUAAAGAUACACGUUUCACACCUUUCUUGCACUGCAGCCUUUAAAGUUACUCUUUUAUUCCGGGCGGUGGGCCUGAAAAGACAUUUUUCCUGACAACAUGAGAGUUUAGUCAAUGAACUGGUAGUGGUGUGUACGUUGUGUGUGUGUGUGUGUGUGUGCUUUCAGAGAAAAUAAAAAAAUGACACAUUUGCAAGAAUGAAUUCCCUUUAUAU